AUGAACAUUCCUAAGUAUGAAAAUAAACCUUUUAGACCACCUAGAAGAGUGGUUCCAGGUGAGAGACCUAAUAGUGGGAAAUCUGCAGGUUUAGCGCCCACUAUAGGACAGAAGAGAAAUCAUUCAAAUGGAUCAAAUAUAAAUGGUAAUAACGUGCCUGAACAAAUCACUAAAAAGGUACGGACUCAGUCAGCAUCUACAAGUAGAAUCAUUUCGAGACCAAGUUCAUCUCCUCGUUCUGAGACAUUUUAUACUAUUGUUCAUAGAAAACCAUCUCAAAAGAAACACAAAAUAUGGACUGGUGAUGGGUACGCCAUAGCAAGAUUAAAGGAAGGAAGCAAGGUUGAAGUAGGUAAAUUAUUAUUUUAUGAUGAUUCUGGGAAAUUUUUAGGUUCACCUAAUCUAGCUUAUAUGAAAUCGGAUGUUAGCGUGAUGGAUGCUAUAUUUAAAACAUCUGGAUUAGAGAUUCAAUUAGAUCAUAAAAUUGUAGGCAAAGAGGAAAUGAACAAUGUGAUGAAAGUUUUAAGUAUAGAUGGUAAAUCAGAACGUCCUCUGAGUUCAUCGAGAGCUUCUACAUCCCGUGAAUGUACUAAGAGUAGUGAUGAAACUAUAUCGUCGAUCAGUAAAACUGUUAAAUCUGGAGUACCUCUAACGGAAUUGGUGAAGACGAUGAAAUUCUCAAGGUUUAAAUCAGUCACAUCAAAAUCACAAGUUUUAACACCACGCCGAGUAUCUGGAAUGCCAGGUACAGCAAUUCCUGGAAAUAAGAAAACAUAUUUGCCAUUCUUUGAUAAAACAAAAAUUGAAAACCCAAUUAUUAUGAAUAGUUCAAACGAUGCAGACGUUGAAGUUAUCGUCGAUCCAUUAUUAUCCAAAUUUUUAAGACCUCAUCAAAGGGUAGGUGUCAAAUUUAUGUACGAUUGCAUAAUGAGUCUUGAUCAGUCAUCUUGCCCAGAAUUAUCAGAUGAAGAAAAGGAUCUAACUUCGACUAACGUUUUAUUGGAAAAAGAUUCAGAUAUUAACGGAUGCAUUCUUGCGGAUGAAAUGGGUCUUGGUAAAACAUUAAUGACAAUUACAUUAAUAUGGACUUUGUUGAAACAAACUCCUUAUUGUCACGGUAAAGAUAUUAAUAUUUCUCAAUCUGGGGUUCCUUUAGAAGGUUAUUUCAAGAAGAUUUUAAUUGUUUGUCCAGUAACUCUUAUUACAAACUGGAGGAACGAGUUUAGGAAAUGGUUAGGUCUAAAUAAAAUAGGUGUGUUGACACUUCAAAAUGCUAAUACAGUCGAGAUGGAUAGAAGCGCCGUGCAUAACUUUCUUAGAGUUCAUAGAACAUACCAAGUGUUAAUUGUCGGUUAUGAAAAGUUACUAUCAGUAGGUGAUGUCCUUAUUCAGGAUAACAGUGAUCAGAAUAAAGCGUUAGGAUCCAUUGAUCUUUUGGUAUGUGAUGAAGGUCACCGGUUAAAGAAUCAGACUUCAAAAAUAUUAAAUAUUUUAAAAGAGAUCGAUGUGAAAAACAAAAUACUAUUAUCUGGUACUCCUAUUCAGAAUGACCUUACUGAAUUCCAUACAAUUAUUGAUUUUAUUAAUCCUGGUAUAUUUGGCAGCUAUAAUUACUUUAAGAAACAUUACAUUACCCAUAUUACAAGAGCAAGAGAUACAGUUAAUAAAUAUAAUGAUGACGUUGUAGCCCUUGGUGAGGAAAAAUCUAGCGAAUUAAUAGCGAUUACUAAAAAAUUUAUCUUAAGAAGAACUAACGACAUACUAAACAAGUAUUUACCUCCGAGAACAGAUUUGAUCUUAUUUUGUAAGCCAAAUGCGUCACAAUUAUCUGCAUUUAAAAAUUCAAUGGAUGGCUCUCAGCUAGAUUUCAAUAAUUUGACUUAUAAUUCAUCUUUGGGUUUAAUAACCACCUUUAAGAAAAUUUGUAACUCUCCAAGUUUAAUUCGACCAUCAAAUUCAGAACCAAAUCCAGGAUAUUUUUCUGGGAUAAGUAAAUCCUAUGAAGUUACAUCAGGUAAAUUAACCGUGUUGAUGAAAUUAUUAGAGAAUAUACGGCACAAUUCGGAGGAUGAAAAAGUUGUAAUUGUUUCAAAUUAUACCCAGACCUUGGAUAUUAUACAAGACAUGAUGAAUUCAAUGAGGCUAAUAUCUUGCCGUCUUGAUGGGUCAACUCCCCCAAAACAAAGAGGUUCUAUUGUUUCGUCGUUUAAUAACAAUCCCAAGAUAUUCUCGUUUUUGCUUAGUGCUAAAUCGGGUGGGGUAGGUUUAAACCUCAUCGGGGGGUCCCGAUUAAUACUUUUUGAUAACGAUUGGAAUCCGUCAAUAGAUAUACAGGCAAUGUCAAGAAUUCAUAGAGAUGGCCAAAAAAAACAUUGUUAUAUAUAUAGACUAGUUACCACUGGUUGUAUCGAUGAGAAAAUUUUACAAAGACAGUUAAUGAAAUCCAGUUUAAGUUCCAAAUUUUUAGAUGAUUCGAACAUAAAUACAGAAACGAAAUCGAGUGGUAAACAAAGCAAAUCCAAUAGUGAUGAUCUCUUUGAUAAAGAAGAUCUAAAGGACUUAUUCACAGUUGUAAGUGACACAACUAGUAAUACGCAUGAUCUAAUUUGUCCUUGUAAUGGUGAUAACACUAUAAUAAACUUAGAGAAUGUGAUAGAGAAGGAGAAUUUGAUGGAUAUAGAGGAGAGAGAAAAUAGGAAAGUUCUUGGUUCAUGGUCCAGUGCACUAGCUUUAAAGGAUGUCCUAAAAAAUAAGCAAGAAAAUGAGCAAGCCCUCAAGACUGAAAUGAUGAAAAAAUGUUUAAUUGGAUAUAGACAUAUUAACCCAUUAAAAUACACAGAUUUACAUGAUAAAGUUGCUACUAAAACGGUUAAAGACCUUGCUGAAAUUGUCACUUUUGCUUUUGUAAAAAUGGGUGAAGAGACCGUAGUGUAA